AUGGUUGUCUCCUCUAUGCAGCAUCAUCCCCACCACUCGCAGGGUCCGGCGCCUCCCCAGCACCUACAGCAUCCUCGGCCCUCGAGUAUCGUUCAUCAGCAACAUCACCAAGCGCCGCCGCAGCAGUCGCAGCACCCUUCCGCGUACUCGUCUACUCAUUCUAUACAGCCCGCCUACCAACAAACAGGACACGCUCCCGCCGCACAACACGCGCAAGACCUGCCUUACUACGCUCACCAGAGCCCCUACAGCACUCCCGGUACGACGAGCGGAUAUACGUCCGCAGACACCUCCGACAUGAUGGCCGCAGCUCAGAUGCCUCGACCCUAUCCUCCAAUGUCUUACCAUACGCCUCAAUCCAACUCUCCAGCUUCCGUCGCGUCGCCAUCCGGUCACGAUCAGCACCGAAGUAUCUAUGGCCAACCAACAUCACAGCUUCAACCUCAAUCGAUGUACUAUGGCGCGCAACAACCGCAAUACUCAUCUCUACCUCCGCAGGCACCUUCCCCGUACCAGCAGCACGCUCAGCAACCACACCAGCCCAUGGCGUCGCAGCCGAAUAUGAUGAUGUCCCAUACGGGACCGCAACACCAGAUGACCCAGCACGCGAGCCAACACGCGCAACCAGGAAUGACGGGAAGCCCGCGACAUACCAAGAUGGAGCCGCAGAUGCCUUCGCAAUUACAGCGACCUACGCCUGGACCGUUGGGGACGUCUCAGCAACCUCAAAAUGGUGGUCAGCUAUCAACCCCUACUGGCUCGUCGACGCCUGGCGUUAACAACAACAAUGCGGCGCCGGGACCCAUCCCGGCUACGACCCCGCUAGUUGUCAGGCAAGAUAAUAAUGGUGUUCAAUGGAUUGCGUUCGAGUAUUCUCGUGAUCGGGUAAAGAUGGAGUACACAAUCCGUUGCGAUGUCGAGUCUGUGAACACCGAUGAGCUUGGCAGCGAUUUCAAGACGGAGAAUUGCGUCUACCCUCGAGCAUGCUGCCCCAAGGACCAGUACCGCGGAAACCGAUUGCAGUAUGAGACGGAGUGUAACACCGUCGGAUGGGCGCUGGCUCAGCUUAACCCGUGUCUCCGUGGCAAGAGGGGACUUAUUCAGAGAGCGGUCGACAGCUGGCGCAACAGCAACCAGGACCCCCGACUGCGAAGUCGACGCGUUCGUCGAAUGGCCAAGAUGAACAAUCGCAAGGCGGUUCAGACUCCCCACUCCGCGCACAUGUCCGGUCCCAGUGGCCCGGCAGGGAUGUCUACCCCCGGAUCAAUUGGCCCUGGCGGCGGUACGCCCAUGGGGAAGCCUGGGAUGAGUAACAUGGGUCCGCAGAUGCAUCACCACCACGCCCACGAAGGAGGCGCCCAAGGCGGAGGAGAUGAAGUCGGGGAUGGAGAGUAUGUGGAUGGAUCUCAUCAUCACCACCAUCAAGCUCCUACGGGGCCAGGAUCUAGAAACUCGGCCGACGUGCGCCCAGCUCAAGUAUUUACCGGUUACCCCCAACAAUACCCUAGUCACUCCGCCUCGGAAUCGUCCAUGCCACCGAUGCAUGACGGUCUUGGCGGUUCCCACCAUAAUACUAUCGUAGCUCGACGUACGGGACGGGAAGAUGAAGAUGAUGAUAAAAAUCCGGAAGGCCUAUUCCCUGACUUGCCGGACGCUAAGAAGCGAAAGUUCAUUCUCGUCGAAGAUAACAAACGUAAUGCUCGCUUGCGAGUACGUGUCAUGCUCGAAGAUGUGAACCCUAAGGAGAUUCCUGAUUCAUUUCGCAAGAGCUCUGCCGUCUUCCCGCGUAGCUAUUUCCCGCGGGAGAUGCAGAGUCCGCCCCCUAGUGCCACGGGAAGCCAAUUCUUUCAGGACGACUUGAGCGACGAUAAUGUUGAAGUCGACGGUCGGCGAGUCGGACGCCCUCGAAGGGAUGCUAUGAGGGAGCGCGUCAUGGUGAAGGCACCCAUGUCCGAUGGCAACGAAGCCGAAGUUGCUAUCCCGAGAAUCAGAAGAGGUUCGCGCAUAAAGGAAGUGCGACUGAACGACCUGGCCUACCGCAUGGCGUGGAUGCAUAGUCGUGUCUUUGCUGGAAGAACUGUUUUUCUCCAGCGAGCGCUCGACUGCUAUCGGAAUAAGACCUGCACCUCGAUCGAAGGCGCCACCCAAGACGUAAGGACCACGGUGCCGCAUUACGAAACAAGAGUCGGCAAGAGAAGAUGGGGUGAACGUGAACGCCGCGGCGAAAAGCGUGACGAAGAGCCCUAG